AUGUCAAGUUCAAAGAAUAACCGUUUUUUUGGAAGAUAUAAAAAUUCUAAAGCUGUUCUGGAACCCAAUAUAUCCGGGAUAUUUAUUAGUUGUGUUAAAACAAAAGAACCUUUAUGCAUUAGGGAAUGCUAUGAUUUGUUUGAUGAGUAUGCGGAUAAGAUUUAUAAGUCUACGGAUGAAAAUCCUAGUGUUGAUGAAGGAGGAUCAGAUAAAGACGAUGUGGAAACUUCAAUUGCUAAGGAAAUCGCCCAAAUGAAACAACCUCAUAAAUCGCGUCGUUUUGCAUCAAUACAAACCGGAGCUAAUUGUGUCGUAUUCAUCAAGACAAAUCCUCCUGUAAAUCCCGUUCAACUCGUUCAUUCUAUUUUGACCGAUUUGUACAAUACAGGGCAAAAGAAAACUAGAUUUACUAUGAGAUUGGUUCCCAUUGCACAAACAUGUUACGCCAAUAUGAAUGAUAUUAAUAGGAUGGCAGAAGAAAUUUUGAAACCACGAUUUUAUGCAUUAAAAGACGAUCAACAAAAGAUUAGGUAUGCGGUUAUUCCGAAUAUCAGACAUAACCAUAAUGUAGAUAGAAUGGAAUUAAUUACAAUGAUUGCAAAAUUAGUUGGUGAUCAACACAUAGUAAAUCUUGAUGAUCCAGAAUUAGUGAUAAUCGUGGAUGUGUUCAAGAGUAUUUGUGGAAUGAGUAUUCUUGAGGAUUAUAACAAGUUGAAAAAGUAUAAUAUAGAGAAAAUUUUCGAAGAAUUAAACGAAAAGAAAGAUGAGGAAUCCAUAAAGAAAGUUGAGCAGUAG